AUGCUUCGCCAAAAUCGGAGCAAGGUCGCCCCUACGCGGGCGGAGGGAGAGGGUUCAGAGCCACGUCGCGGGGCCGACUCCGAUCACCCUCGCGGCAGCUCUCUUGUUAGACAGGACUCGUCGUUUGUCACGAUUUCUGUCCAAGGACACGACGGGACGCCAGCCGCAGUAACUGGAUCCUCGAAACGGGCAUCUGCAGCUGAUUCAGACGAGGACGGAGAGGGACGCCGAGUGUGUUUGUGCUCGAAUCGGGCGUUCACGAAUUUUAUGCAGCAGCGCAUGCAAGCAUGGCAGCCUCUGCUCUCUCCCACGCGAACAGCUGGCAUUAUCGGGCUUGCCUCAGUGAUUCUGCUGUCUCUUGGAGUUCUCAUACUCGCUACUUCAAACAGUAUUCUCGAAUGUAAAGUUGACUACACAGAUGACGUUGGCGUCCGGGACAUCAUCGAGAUUGACUCCAGGCACUGCACUGACUCUCAAGUCACGGAACUGUCCGGCUCACUGUACUUCUUCUACGAGCUGACCAACUACUACCAAAACCACCGGCGGUAUUUGAAAUCCCGAUCCGAUUCCCAGCUCCAGGGCAAAGUGUACACGACGACCGGCGACGUGAAAACUGCAUGCAGUCCGCGCUACCUGGCGAGCGAUGGCAGAAUCCUCGACCCUUGCGGCUUGAAUGCUCUCUCGGUCUUCACGGACUCUUUCGAACUUCUGCGGAAGAGAUCGGAGGGCCGCUACGAGGUCAUUCCGAUGGACGAAACGCGAGACACGAUUUGCUGGCACUUCGACCUCGAUUCGAGGUUCAAAAACCCCAGCAAGGAGGAACGAGAGAAAUACGCCUCCUCCGUCGACUUUUGGCUCUUCGAACCUGCCAUGCGCAAGGCCCUACACAUGGACGUGCCCGGAGUGGGUGAAGGCGUCGAAAACAGCCACUUUAUUGUGUGGAUGCGCGAGGCCGCGUUACCGAACUUCCGGAAAAUCUACGGAAAGGUGGAAGAGACGCCCCUGAAACUGCCCAUCUACGUGAACAUCACAGGAGAUACAUAUGACGUCAAGUCUUUCGGAGGGCGGAAGUACGUCGUCAUCUCACAAGCUUCGUGGCUCGGCGGGCGAAAUGCACUCCUGGGCAUCUUUUACAUCGUUGUCGGCGCUGUGUGCCUGGUCGUCUGCCUCGUCAUAAUGUAUGCCCAAGCGCAGAACCCGAGACGUAUGGGAGACAUCUCGUGGCUUCGCAAAGCUCUCUAUGCGGAGGGGUAG